AUGUUGUUCUUUACUCGUGCUCGUCCUUUGUUCAACAAGACGCUUGUCAGCUCCUACAACUUCUCUACGAGUGCUCGUCAGCUGAAGGACAUUCGCAAUGUCACUGUCAUUGGUGCUGGUCUUAUGGGAUCUGGCAUUGUGCAAGUGGCGGCUCAAGCUGACUACAAGGUGACCAUGGUGGAUACGACCGAGGCUGCUUUGGAAAAUGGACAAAAGAUCAUUGGCAACUCUAUCAAGCGUGUCGCUCGUAAAAAGUUCCCCGAAGACGCCGCCCAACAACAAGCCUUCAUCGACAAGGCUCUCAGUAACAUUGCCACGAGUACGGAUGCUGUCAAAACCAUUGGUAACACCGACCUUGUGGUUGAAGCUAUUGUGGAAAACAUCGAUGCCAAACAAGCCCUCUUCAAAUCAUUGGAUGCCGUUGCUGAUAAGGAUACCAUCUUUUGUACCAAUACAUCUUCGCUUCCUGUCACCAAGAUUGCUGAAGCUACUUCACCUGAACGUCGCCAACGCUUUGCUGGUUUGCACUUUUUCAAUCCCGUUCCUGCUAUGAAGCUCGUUGAGAUUGUACGCACUGAAGCUGUCACCGACCCUGUGUAUGAGGAUUUGGUUACAUUUACCAAGAAGACUGGCAAGACACCUGUAGAAUGCAAGGACACACCAGGCUUCAUCGUCAACCGCUUGUUGAUUCCUUAUAUGAUGGAAGCAUUCCGUAUCCUUGAACGUGGCGAGGCUAGUGCGAAGGACAUUGAUACUGCUAUGAAGCUUGGUGCAGGCAUGCCCAUGGGCCCUCUUGAGUUAUCUGAUUUUGUCGGCUUGGAUACCCUUAAAUUCAUUGUUGAUGGCUGGGCCAAGGAAGGAUCCCUUGACGAUGCCUAUGUCAAGCCAUGUGCUAUUCUCGAUGAACUUAUCAGCCAAGGUCAUUAUGGACGUAAAUCAGGCAAAGGUGUUUUUGAUUACUCGAAAUAG